AUGCGCUUCUGUGGCCUGAGAGCCUGGGCCUUCCUGCUGUUGGCCGACUUGGCUCUACUCUGGCUGCUUCAGGGGACUCUGGGGGCUCUGUUUCCCCGAGGGCUUCCAGGCCUGUGGCUGGAGGGGACCCUGCGACUCGGAGGGCUCUGGUGGCUGCUACAGGUGGGAGGACUGCUAGGAUUGGUGAGAACACUGCUGCCCCCUCUCUGCCUGGUGAUCCCGCUGUUUCUCUCCCUGAGAGCCCUGGUUCCAGGGGCCUUGAGUGCUCCCCCAGUCAGAGUGGCUUCGGCCCCUUGGAGCUGGCUGCUGUUGGAGUACGGGGCUGCGGGGCUAAGCUGGGCAAUGUGGGCCCUGCUGAGCUCUCCAGGAGCCCAGGAGAAGCAGGGCCAGGAGAACAACACAGACUUGAUGUGGAAGCUGCUGAAGCUCUCCAGGCCAGACCUGCCUCUCCUCCUUUUGGCCUUCAUCUUCCUUGGUGGUGCCGUAUGGGGGGAGACAUGGAUCCCUUACUAUACUGGUCGUGUCAUUGACAUCCUUGGAGGGGAUUUCAAGCCUGAUGCCUUUGCCAGGGCCAUCUUUUCCAUGUGCGUCAUAUCCGUUGUGAGCUCCCUGUGCGCAGGCUCCCGAGGAGGCAUCUUCACCUUCACCGCGUCCAGUAUCAACGUGCGGGUCAGGGAGCAGCUUUUCUCCUCCCUUCUGCGCCAGGACCUCAGUUUCUUCCAGGAGACUAAGACAGGGGAACUGAAUUCAAGGUUGAGCUCGGAUACCAAAAUGUUGAGCCAGUGGCUUGCUUUUAAUGCCAAUGUGCUCUUGCGAAGCCUGGUCAAAACGGUGGGGCUGUAUUGCUUCAUGAUCAGCCUGUCCCCUCGACUCACCCUCCUCUCUUUGCUCGAGAUGCCUCUGGUAAUAGCUGGUGAAAAGAUGUACAAUGUCCGCCAUCAGGCAGUGCUCCAGGAGAUCCAGAACGCAGUGGCAAAAGCAGGGCAGGUGGUGCGGGAGGCAGUUGGAGGGCUGCAGACUGUGCGCAGUUUUGGGGCCGAGGAGCUGGAGAUCUGUCUCUAUAAGGAGGCCCUGGAGCGAUGCCGGCAGCUGUGGUGGCAACGAGACCUGGAACAUACCCUCUAUGGGCUCUUUCGGAGGGUAACAUAUGUGUAUGUACUCCAUUUAUCUCUCUCUUGUAGACUUGGCCAGGAUGUCGCAGGGGAGCGUGUUAGGAGCUGGGGAGUUGGCGUCUGGGGAAGCUACGUUUGAUUAGCUGACCCCUCCCUUUCUGUUUUCCAGGCCCUGGUAUACAUGUGUGGAGAUAUGCUCUGCAACAUAGGGGCUGCCGAGAAAGUUUUCCAAUACCUGGACCGAGAGCCAAAUAUGCCUCCUUUGGGGACGCUGGCGCCUUCCACUCUGCAGGGGCUUGUGGAAUUCCAAGAUGUCUCUUUUGCAUAUCCCAAUUGCCCUGACCAGCCUGUGCUCAAGGGGCUGACGUUCACCCUACGUCCUGGUCAGAUGACUGCACUGGUGGGACCCAAUGGGUCUGGGAAGAGCACCGUGGCUGCCCUGCUGCAGAAUCUGUAUCAGCCCACUAAAGGGCAGGUGCUGCUGGACGGGAGGCCCGUCUCCCAGUAUGAACACUGCUACCUGCACCGGCAGGUGGCUUCGGUUGGGCAGGAGCCUGUGCUGUUCUCGGGUUCUGUGAGGGACAACAUUGCUUAUGGGCUGAAGAGCUGCGGUGAUGAGAAGGUGAUGGCUGCUGCCCGCGGUGCCAGUGCAGACGGGUUCAUACAGGAGUUGGAGCAUGGACUGGAUUCAGAUGUAGGGGAGAAAGGGAAUCAGUUGGCUGUGGGACAGAAACAAUGUCUGGCCAUCGCCCGGGCCCUUGUGCGGGACCCACAAGUCCUCAUCCUGGAUGAAGCCACCAGUGCCCUGGACGUCCAGUGUGAGCAGUCUCUGCAGGACUGGAGAUCCCGCGGGGACCGAACGGUGCUGGUGAUCGCGCACAGGCUGCAGACGGUGCAGAGUGCGGACCAGAUCCUGGUGCUCAAGCAGGGAGAGCUGCUGGAGCACACUCAGCUCGCCGAGGGGCAGGACCUCUAUUCCCGUCUGCUGCAGACACACCUGGAGGACUGA